UAAUGAGGUCUUGUCUCUGAUAGUAUUCUCCUUAAAUGAUAGGAAGUCGCGCCCAGGCAUGGAAAUGAUCAAAAUCAGUCUGAGGAUCAGAACAACCACGACUAGAACAGGUCUAGGAAUAGGAAGGCCACGGCUAGGAACACGACUAGGAACACGACUAGGAAUAUCACGUACAGGCAACCACGUCUGAACAUCUACAUCUGAAUAGUACAGUCUAGGAACAGUCCAGGAACAGUCUAGGAUUAAGAAGACCACGAAAUCCCCCUACAACGUCUGGCUGGUUCAGACAACACACAUCAACAUUGGCUACCAUCUCUAACUACAAACCGUUCGCCUAGUACGGAGAUAACUAUCUUUUGAAUCCUCAUCCAACAACCAGAGCUAUCUCAUUCCUACCAUGAAAGACGCUCCAGAACAGGUCACCGACCCCAAGCAACUCACCACCGUCUACAAGAAGAACGGAUCUUUUGACAAACAGCGCAAAGUUCUCUUGGAAAACUUCAAGCAGUCAGAAACCCAUGCCAACCUCCUUCUCAAGCUCAAGCUCAUGGUCGAAAGCAAGGUCAAGCAGGACCCCUCCAUUCUCAUGAAGAACAAAGGCAAAAUCGCAGCGUUGAUCCAGGGAGAAAUCAUCAACGAGCACCUCGGAAAGAACUCGGGUGGCAGUGGUGGGCUUCUCAGUAUCGUCGACAAAGACAUCCAGGACAAGAUCAUUGACUCGCCCGAUUUCCACCAGGAAUUGAAAACAGAAUUGAAAGAUAUACGAAGGGUCAUGAUGGGAAUCAGUGAUGAGGAGUACCAGAAGCAACUAGAAGAAGAGAAAGCAGAAGAGGAGAAGGAGAAGAGAGAGGCCCAGACCCUUAGCGCAGUGAGUGACUAUAGCUCGUCCAGCUACAGAGUGAAGGGUUUGGGUGGCAAUCACAGAAUAUCCAAGCCUCCACGGUUCAACUUCUCCAGUAACAGACAAAAAGAGGAAGACAAAGAUGGAAAAAACGGAAAGGUUCCUUUUUUGAUGUAUUAAACUAGUAAAACAGGUCGUGAUGGUCUACCACCGCGAACUUAGAAGGGUAUAACAAUAACUACUGAUCGAAUAAAUCUCGGUGGUAAUCAG